AUUAACGCGCAUUGGAGCGUCUUGGCACGAGGUUUGCCGACACAAAAUAAGCUUUCAUCGAACGAACUCCGAGCGACGAGCUCUCACCCGCUUCCGGCCACCGUCUGCUGCUGCAUUGCAACCCGCCCUCAAUUGGGUUGUUCGCUUCAAGAGUUCCAGCUCCCUAAGCUUCUUAUUAACUUAGGUCACGCCACUUGACCGUCGCGCCCGCCAUGGCCGAGACCACCGCCACCCCUCCGGCGCCCUCUCGCCCUGCAUCGCGCCCCGUCAGCGAGGCUCUCCUGAACGAGAAGUGGGACCGCUGCCUGUCCAACCUCAUCAUCAAGUCCUCCCUCGGCCUCGGCUUCGGCGUCGUCUUUUCCGUCCUUCUCUUUAAGCGCAGGGCCUGGCCGGCGUUUGUCGGUGUCGGUUUCGGUGCGGGACGAGCAUACGAGGAGUGCAACUACAGCCUGAAGGCGGCGGCGCGGGAUAUCAAGAGGCAAGCAUGAGUUUAGACGGCAGGUCAAUGGGCAUCUGGCGGCGGAAGGCUACGACAUGUUCGUCCCUUCCCGCCAGGGCAAGCAUAGAGCGCGGGAGAUGGGAGCAACUUGGCUGUACAAACCUUGUUCCAUCCGUCAACUUUAUUCAAGGCAUAGAAUGCGACGUUUUUCCUUUGUUUAGCUUGGGGGCCACGGCAUGGGCUACUAUGUCGUAACCGGGGGCAGAAUCGAUUCAAAAUCAAGGCUGUUGGUAACUGUACAAUCCAGGCGCGCCUCAACACC